AUGUCGUCAGGCGGAGCGUCUCUGCAACCGACCUUCCGAGGCCACGUGGCUACGACUCAGGAUGCUUUGAUACUCUUCGAGGCUUGUCUCCAAGGCCAUCUUUCACAUGUACCGCGGAGGCCUCAUGACCGAGAACGAGCACACCUCAUCACAAGCGGUAGCAUCUUCAUCUACGAGGAGAACGCGUCAGGAAUCAAGAGAUGGACCGACGGGGUGACAUGGAGCCCUAGCCGGAUCCUGGGGAAUUUCUUGGUGUAUCGCGAGCUGGAUAAACCAUUCCCACCCGGCGAGAAGAAGCGUGCGAUGAAAAAACAGCAGAGACGACCAAGCCGCCCUGGCGAACCAUACGCACGUCCUGACGGACCACCCUACACGACCGACCAAUCGAGCCAGACCGCGGAGAUGGAGAGACAGCUCAUCGGAUCACUGGUCGACUCGUAUGGCUUCAAAAAGGACGGACUCGUGAAAAAGACCAUGAGCGUGACGGUCCAGGGGGUUACUCAUCAUCUCGUUUCGUAUUAUCUGGUCAAUGACGUGCUGGCUCAAAAUCUGCGUACUCCUUCUCAGAGCGAGAGCCUGCAGUACGUGCGUCCUCGCCCCGAGUUGACCCAGAAACAGAGUUUCCGAGCUCCUCUUGAAGAUGUCGACGAUCUAGAUGGUGCACAGCCUGGAUAUCCCUACCGACUCAGUCAGCCAAACUCCCAGAGAAACUCCUAUGGUGGAGACUACAAUCAACAGCAGUUCUAUCCCGCGCAGAACUAUCCGGCUCAAGCUUAUACCCCGAUGCCUUCGCAGACGGGGGUUGGCCCUUCUUAUUCUGUUCCAGGUCCACCUGCUCCUUCGUCUUAUACUAUGCAACAGCCACAGGUAACUUCGAGCCACAUGCAAAACCAGCGACUUGAGUACAAUCAGUACGACCAGAACAGCUACGGCCGCACCUACGAUCCGACAUCGCGAUCAAUCCCCGCCACGCCUACCAGUCUGCCAACAAGCAUGCCACCUAGUGCUCCACCAAUGGGGUCAGAUCGGCCUCAAAGCCAAUCCGGAAUGUAUCCGCCGAUGAGUAUGCAGAGACCGGUCAACAACAUAAGCCCAGUCUCUAUGGACAUGCGAUCGCAGAUGUCAUAUCGAUCUAGCCCGUACACGCCCCAGAUGGAUCAGUCUCGCCAAACGCAGGCGUCUCCAAUCCAAGAACGUCGAGAACAGGCGCAGCCACCACCAUCUCACAUGUACCAGAGCCCAAGGGCCCCCUACUAUCCCGAAGAAACGGCUCAGCCGAACGCUCAAGGACAAUACUCGCAGCCUCCACAAUACUCGCAGUGGCCGGGGCCAGCUCCGCAGCCUCCCCAUCCAUCACAAUAG